GAACACUCUGGCGACGAUCUGGUCAUAUUCUAACAUGCUCCGGAAGACUCAGUAGGAUAGGAAUGCCACAUUGAAUCCAAUUGUCUCGUCAAAAAGGUCUCUGGGUGUGAUGACUUGAGCUCACAAAUAGUUAUUGCCAUUGUGUCCCCUGCACUGCACUCAGUGAGACUGCAAUAUCCUCAGAGCAUCAUCGGCGCUUAAAGAAUAACUUUGUACGCACAUUGCCAGUACUUACAACGCAUCACUUCCAGUCACUCCGUCAACUCCCAUUAAAUUACCUCUUUCGUCAUCUUUUUAGUCAUACCAAAAUACAAAUCCAAGAGACAAAAUUCAACAGCUCUAGAUCGAUUGCAUUCCCUUAGGAGAAACCGCGACAAUGGGCUUCAUUUGGACUACGAUUCUAUUAUCCUUCCUUACUCUCAUACUAUGGCUUCUACCUAAACUAUAUACCGCGCGGAAUUUUUUCACGAAGUUAUCAGCUCGUGGCUUGCCAAUGCCACCCCAUAAUUUCCUAGCUGGCCAUCUUAUCGAGCUAGCCAAUGUUAUGAAAGGUUUCCCAGCAGAUGCACUAAAGGUAUACCUUUUCGGUGCUCUCGCCCGCAAAUACUCCAGUAAUGGCGCAUUCUACCUUGAUCUAUAUCCUUUCGCAGCCCCAUUCCUAGUCAUCACUUCUCCGUUUCUCGCAAAUCAAGCUGUACAAUCUACUCCGAUAUCAUAUCGCAAGCCUGAUGCUCUGAGAACUUGGUUCUGGAGCAUCGCAGGUGGUAUCAGUUUGUUUGAUGCGGAAUAUGAUGAGUGGAAGGAUCUACGAAGUCUUUUCGCCAGAGGUUUCAGCAACAAGUAUCUAACGAAUUUGCUUCCUGGGAUCAUAGAUGAGGUUGAAAUCUAUACAGAGGGGUUGAGAGAAAAGGCAAGGAGUGGGGAAAUGAUUCAGCUAGAUGGGAUUAAUUUGAGAUUCAUGAUUGAUUCGAUUGGGAAUACCGCUUUGAACGCAAAGCUUAACGCACAGAGAGGAUACAACCCUCUUGCAGACACCAUGUUGAAUCAAAUCCAAAGUAAACUUGCGAAUCAAGAAGUAAACCCUCUUCAAUGGCUCAAUUUUGUACGUCCGAUUAAAGAGUGGCUCAAUGGUCGGAAAAUGGAUGCGUAUAUCAACGUAGAACUCGACAAGCGCUUUGAGGCGUAUACGCUAUCUAAGAAUUCCGAAACAAAUGACCAUUUGGACGACAAAGCAGGAACCUUUAAAUCAAUCAUGGAUCUGGUUAUCGAGGACUACAUGGCUGAUCCUGCUCGGCUCAAUGCAACCAGUCUUGACCAAGAAUUCCGCACUAUCGCUACCCGUAACAUCCGACUCCUUCUCUUCGCCGGCCAUGAUUCAACUGGUAGUGCCAUAUCCUGGUGUUACUAUCUUCUUUCUAAAAACCCCUCCACCCUCGAAAAAAUCAUUCAAGAACACGAUUCGGUAUUUGGAACUGACAUUACCGCUGUUUCGAAACUCAUUAAAGAGGAUUCGACACUCAUCAAUCAAUUGCCAUAUACAGCCGCCGUCAUCAAAGAAACCCUUCGUCUCUUCCCACCCGCAUCGAGUAUUAGGCAAGGACUAAAAGGUGUGGACUUGGUUGAUGAAGAAGGAAAUAUAUAUCCGACAGAACAUUGCAUGGUAUACACGCUUCACUUGCCAAUCCAACAUGAUCCAAAAUACUGGACACGCCCAAAAGAGUUUCUGCCCGAGAGAUGGCUUGCACAAUCAGGAGAUGAAUUGUAUUGUGGUAUAAAAGGAGCUUGGAGACCCUUUGAGCUAGGACCAAGGAACUGCAUUGGGCAGGCUUUGGUGAUGAUGGAGUUGAAGAUUGUGUUGUCGAUGGUGGUGAGAGAGUUGGAUGUACGGGAUGCUUAUAAUGAAUGGGAUGAAAAGUUCGGCGAUAAGAAAGGUGUAAAAGAAAUAGACGGAGAAAGAUCAUACCAGGUUGAUGGAGGUGCUGCUCAUCCGGCAGAUAAAUUUCCUUGCAGAAUAAAAUUCAGAAAGGGCGAGACACCGGCGUAGUAAUUUCUUGCAAGCCGUUGCCAUGACCAUCUUGAACAUCUUGUUGUUCUCUAUAUUCAGAGUUUCAAAUGGUCCGGAUCCCAAUUCGACAAUCAGAAACCUCCAUUUACUAUAUCACAUUAGAUCAUUCAAAGGAUUUGAGAUACUGAAUUCGCUUCAGAGAAUAGAUUGCUUUAUCAGAUAUUAAGAAUUUACAUAUAAUGUCUCAGACCAAAUUAUGGGGUUCCUUGUCCAUGUCGUCUACGACGUAGGUUGGAUUUUCGGGAUUUUUCUUUUAGUCUCGCAUAUUUCAGGAAAGUGCGGCCUCCAUCAUUUCCAACAAUCAGUGCUAGCCACCCAGAAAACAAGGAUGCAUGUUCUCAAGGCUGUUCUACUCAAUAAUAUAUGCUCUGAAGAACA